GGCCGGAGCUGCGAGGGCGCCGACUUCCUGCUCCGGCCCCUCCACCCCCUCCCACUCCGGAGACCCGCUCGGGCGCGGGGCGAGUCCCGUUGGGCGGGAGCAUGGCAUGGAGCGGGCGUCUGGCCAGCCUGAUCGUGGCAGUCGUUCUCCUCCGGGGUGCCGACUCUGCAAACAGUACAGGCGAAUACCAGAUUUCCGUGAAGGACGACAACCAGGAUGGGACCGUCACACUCGCCUGCAAUGUUCUUAUUAAGAACGCGACGUGGUUUAAGGGUGAUCAGUUCCUGGACAGCCAAAGUAGAAUCUGGAAUGUGGGAAGAAUGGUGAAAGACCCUCGGGGAGUGUAUAAGUGUGCAGACACCUGGAAUGGAUCCGUUCAUUUAUAUUAUCGAAUGUGCCAGAACUGCAUCGAAUUGACCCCCAGCACCCUGUCGGGCCUCGUCCUGGCCGACAUCCUCGCCAUCUUCCUCCUGGCCGUGGGGAUCUACUUUGUGGCGGGGCAGGACGAGGGGCGCACGUCCCGAGCUUCCGACAAGCAGACUCUGUUGCCAAACGACCAGCUGUACCAGCCUCUCGGAGACCGGGACGACGGCCAGUACAGCCACAUCGGAGGCGGCCGGCCCCGGAAGAAGUGAAACCUCCACCUUGGGUCCUCCGCCUCUUCCCUCCCGCUGCUCCUGGGUCUCCCCUCCGUGUACGGCCAAUAAAGUCUCUCCCGCUCUCUGCCCGGGACUGGGCCCAGGCCCAGCCUCUGCUCGGCGUCAGAGCUAGCGUCCUGGGGUCGGGUCGGGUGGGGACGCUUGGCUUGAGGAGGACUGUGGGCUGCCAUUUCUUUCCAAGUCUGUUUAUCGCUAAUUGCUUUGGAAACCAAAGUCAGGACUCUGGCCCGUGCUCUGGUCCUGAAAGAUGCUCAAUAAAUGCCAAUCGUGCGAGACGCUCUCGACGCCAGGAGGCCUCUGGAACCGAUCUGCUUGAGUUCGGAA